AUGUCUUUGGGAAGAACCUUCACAUUGCCCACUGGAGCAAAGAUUCCUGCUGUUGGAUUCGGAACCUUCGCAAACGAGGGUUCAAAGGGUGAAUCCUACAAGGCUUGCCUUGCAGCAUUGAAGGCUGGAUACAGGCAUCUUGAUUGUGCCUGGUACUAUCAGAACGAGGAGGAGAUUGGUGAUGCCAUCCAUGACUUCCUCGAGGGGAGCAAUGGGGCUGUCAAGCGUGAGGACAUCUUUGUUGUCACCAAGGUGUGGAACCACCUGCACGAGCCUGAGGAAGUAAAGUGGUCCCUGGAGGAUUCAUUGAAGAAGCUCAGACUCGAUUAUGUCGACCUCUUCCUUGUCCACUGGCCCGUUGCCGCGGAGCGAACCGACGAGUACAUGCCCAAGAUUGGGGCUGAUGGCAAGUAUGUGAUCAAGCACGACCUCACCAACAACCCUGAGCCCACCUGGCGGGCCAUGGAGGAGCUCUACGCUGCCGGCAAAGCCAAAGCCAUCGGUGUGAGCAACUGGACUAUCCCAGGCCUCGACCAGCUCCUUGGCUUUGCAAAGGUCAAGCCUCACGCAAACCAAGUCGAGAUCCACCCCUUCUUCCCCAAUGAAGAGCUCCUCCAGUACUGCAAGGAGAAAGACAUCCUCCUCAUCGCCUACUCUCCGCUUGGCUCCCAGAACCAGGUCCCCUCAACAGGAGAGAAGGUUUCAGAGAACAAGACCCUGAACGCCGCCGCGGAGAAGACGGGCCACACGCUAGCGCAGACCCUGAUCUCAUGGGGUGUCAAGAGGGGGUACUGUGUCCUUCCUAAGAGUGUCAACCCUACACGCAUCAUCAGCAACUUCCAGGACUAUGACAUGACCGAGGAGGACUUCCAGGCCAUCAACGCCGUUGCAAAGGGAAGGCACACGAGAUUCGUGAACAUGAAGGAUACCUUUGGCUAUAACGUCUGGGCAGACGAGAAGGACGAGUAA